AUGUCGUCGCAACUGCCAGCGGGAAGUGGACGUCGAGAGUGGCAAGUGUGUGGGGCACACAACGACCAGCGGCCAAUGGCGGUUGGCCGAGGCCACGCCCCGUGGCUCAAUUACCGACCAGUGCUGCCCAUCGGCGGGCAGAGCGAAACCUGUUUCCACGAGCGAGAGGCAGCGAGGCGCAUGUGCGAUCAGAGCGGGAUGGAUGGCGCAAGGGUGGACCAACCAGAAGAGGCAGGUUGCUGGUAUUAUGGUAGGUUAGGUUCAAACAAGGUGGCAAACUGGCUCUUAACCGAAAUAGGAAGGAAGUCGGCAGCGGCGUCGACGUCGGGCAACUGGUUUGACUUGUUUCCGGCUCACUCCAACCGCCCAAAACCACCAGCAAUCGGCAGAGGCAGCCAAGUCGGCAGAGGGCAGGCAGAGCAGCGGCCGUCGGCACAAUUUGAUUGCAUUUAUGAAAAGCGUUUUCGCCCGCCAGCACGCGUCCGCUCCCAGCUCGCAAUUCGCCAUCCGUAAUCCGUAAACUUUAAUCCGUAGACCGUAAUCCGUGAAUCCAAAGCAUUUCGCAGUUGGAAUUUCCCGCAACGGGUAGUGCUUAGGCGCGAAAAUUGAACUGAAAUCAAUCGGACGAUUAGUGUGUGCUUCGUGGUUUAAACACUCUACAUCUAACUAUUAAGAGAAAAGAGUGCCAAUAAGAUUCGAAAAGUGCAGUGAGCGAGCUCCAAAUUGGCGCCACUAAUUGCCAAAAUGUC